UUUACACAAAUACAUUUUAAAUAUACCAAUUGCAAAAAAUAUAGAGAAUAAGAAUAAUACAUUUUAGGAAUUUUCAUGAAAUAUUAACAGUGGAAAUAGUGCAGUAGUACAUAAAAUAUGAAACACUGUAUUAUUCUUAUAUUAGUUCAUAACUCCGCUGUGAUAGUUUUAUUUUGAAUUUGACUGAUUGUUUAUUAAAAUUAUGUUCGAGUUAUAAUUGAACCCAGAGACUAUUUCAUCAAUUCAUCAUCUGUAAAAAUAACAGUUGAAAUAUUUCCAGCAUUUAAUUUCUCUGUAGACGUUUUUUUUGGACGAGCAGAGGGGGGCGGUGUCGAGCUCUUGGCACACGCUGCCGCAUUUCAUCGUAGAAGAAGAAGAGAGAACUCAAACAACAUGGCGGCGCCCUCGGAACACGUUGAAACUGGAUCCACGGGGACAGAGACGGACAAAACAGACGGACCGGAGACCCCCAGAGACGCAGAGACCUCAGACUCGGAGCCUGAGGGUCAAGACCCGGACCCUGAUCCCGACGAGGACGAGGAUGAGGACGAGCCGCCCGCGCCGAAGAUCCGGGACACCCCGGAGAACAUCCGCCUGGAGGCGAUCGCCAACACGGUGGCGCUGCACCCGAGCCGGGACCUGCUGGUGUGCGGCGACGUGGACGGGGACGUGUACGCCUACUCGUACUCGUGCACGGAGGGGGAGAACCGCGAGGUGUGGUCGUCGGGCCACCACAUGAAGUCCUGCCGCCAGGUGCGCUUCUCCGCGGACGGGCUUCAGCUCUACAGCGUGUCCCGGGACAAGGCCGUGCACCUGCUGGACGUGGAGCGGGGGCAGCUGGUCACCAGGAUCCGCGGGGCGCACGGGGCUCCCAUCAACAGCCUGCUGCUGGUGGACGAGAACAUCCUGGCCACCGGAGACGACGGAGGAACCCUGAAGGUGUGGGACAUGAGGAAAGGGACGGCGUUCAUGGAUGUGAAACAACACGACGAUUACAUCAGCGACAUCGCCGUGGACCAGGCCAAGCGGAUCCUGCUCACCGCCAGCGGCGACGGGACCAUGGGCGUCUUCAACAUCAAGAGGCGGCGCUUCGAGCUGCAGUCGGAGUUCCAGAGCGGCGAUCUGACCUCGGUAGCGCUGAUGAAGCGGGGGAAGAAGGUGGUGUGCGGCUCCAGCGAGGGCACCAUCUACAUCUUCAACUGGAACGGCUUCGGGGCCACCAGCGACCGCUUCGCCAUCAAGGCGGAGUCGGUGGACUGCAUCACGCCCGUCACCGACAACAUCAUGUGCAUCGCCUCCAUGGACGGGUUCAUCCGAGCCGUCAACCUUCUUCCCAACCGGGUCAUCGGCUGCAUUGGGCAGCACGUCGGCGAACCCAUCGAGGAGCUUUCCACGUCCUGGGACUCGCGCUUCCUGGCCAGCUGUGGCCACGACCAGCUCAUCAAGUUCUGGGACAUUUCCAGUUUGCCCGACACAACGGUCAACGAAUACCGCAAGAGGAAAAAGAAAGACGGACGGAUGAAGUCCCUCACCAAGAAGGCCCACGGAGACAACGACUUCUUCUCAGGACUCGUGGAGGAACCGGAGAAGAAGGAGGAGGAAGAGGAGGAGGAGGAGGAAGCGGAUGACAGUGACAGUGGCAGUGAUUAAAAACUCAGUUGGUCAUUACUGUGCCUUGGACAGUAGAAAGGUCUGAUUGGUCCUGACUGUCACCCAAAGGGCCUCACAAUGACCGGAUGGUGAAAACAUUAUGAUGGACGUCAUCGCGGCAAACGUUGGUAGCUACUGAACCUCCAGUCCCGACAGCGUUGGCGCCUUAACUUCAGAGACGACUUCCACCUCGAAAACCCCCCAUCAUUGGUGACUCAGCAUUUGCAAAUGGAAACAUGAGGUCACUCACAAACGCAAAUGUGGUGGGAUAAACAGGGAAGGUCCCAGAGGAGUAAAAAGGAUCUUACUUCAGCUUCAGGAUUUCAAAUUCCUAAAUUAGGAAAAUAAGAAUAUUAGGUCUAUGUCUGAUAUAUUGUAUCAACAUGUUUCCUCCCUGUGUAACUCUCAUCAUGCAGAUCCAAAGACAUCCAGGUAUUAGCCUGUAAACUAGCUGCAGUAUAUUAGGUCAAUUCUGGUUGAAUUUGAUGUAAGCGUAUUUGUAUGAAACUAAUCGAGCCGGUUAAUUGCAUUAUUGUAUAUGUUGUGUAAAUACAUUGUUCAAAAUGACUCAACGUAUCAAGUGGAAAAGAAAUUGAAUAUAACAAGUUAAUAAACCAGUGUUUUCAUCUUUUCAUUUUA